AUGGCAAGAUACGCCAGGGAGCUAGAUCCACCUCUAGAUCCACAUGCCGAUUAUCUCUCCCGCUCCAGUGCUCUCGGCGCGCGUUUUAUUGCCGCUAAUCCUGUAGUUCGACCGUUUCGCCUAAUGAAGUCAGGCGUGUGCCCCGCGGAGUCGUCUCGGGUCAGUGACUUGCACGUUAAUUUAUUUAUGGGUGUUAGUAGCCCACUCCAACCGAAUGCCAGCAUAACCUUGCAGGCUGUCCUGACGCGUCGCGCCAGUGGCCGACUGCCAACAGUGAUUCCUUUGUCAAUGCGGACUGCCUCAGGGUCUUGUGUCCUCGCUGUGAAUGUCUCCACACUAUAA